ACAAAUAUCAAGAAGAAGAAAUCCCAUGGUGUUUUCCUUCUUGGGUGGAUGGCCUGCUCUGGAUUUAGCCUGUCAAAACUGCUCUAAGACAAGAGCAACGUGGGGUAAAGAGAGAGUGCAGUGUUCACAUUUUUCCGCUUUGUCAUUAAAAGCAUAAGCGGAUCGUUACUUUGGAGUGUGUUCACCGAAGAGCAGAUCGGAUAAGUCACUGACUGGCAUGUUUCGCUACUAGCAAGCUACCAGCACAGAAAGGCAUAUGAUCGCGAAUGUGGUGUUUGAACUUGUUGACACUGACUGAGACCUGAAAAGGCAACAACAGAAACCCGUUCUCCCCUCCCCAGUCUCCUUUUGCUGACCCUCUCUGAAAAACAGCAUUUUCUUUCCACCAUGAAUGAAGUCAGAACACUCAAAGAGGGCUGGCUCCUCAAAAGAGGAGAGUACAUUAAGACGUGGAGGCCCAGGUACUUUAUCUUAAAAAGUGAUGGCUCCUUCAUCGGCUACAAGGAGAAGCCGGAUCUGAAUGACCAGAGCUCACCACCCCUAAAUAACUUCUCAGUUGCAGAAUGCCAGUUAAUGAAGACUGAAAGACCCCGGCCCAACACAUUUGUUAUCCGUUGCCUACAGUGGACCACCUUCAUUGAGCGAACCUUUCACGUGGACACCAAUGAUGAGAGAGAGGAGUGGAUGAGGGCCAUCCAGGCGGUGGCCAACGGGCUGAAGAUGCGUGAGGAGGAGGACGAGGAGCCCAUGGACCUAUUUGGCUCGCCCAGCGAGUGUAGCCUGGAGGAGAUGGAGGUGGCUAUGUCCAAGAGCCGCACCAAAACGGUAAUAAAGAAGAAAGAAGCUGAAUCGGCUCUUUCUGCCCUCACUCCCUCCCAGAACAUGAGUGACUUUGAAUACCUUAAGCUCCUGGGCAAGGGGACCUUCGGCAAGGUGAUUCUAGUCAAAGAAAAGUCCACCGGCGUCCACUACGCCAUGAAGAUCCUCCGCAAAGAGGUCAUCAUUGCCAAGGAUGAGGUGGCGCACACGGUUACAGAGAGCAGAGUGUUGCAGAACAUGAGACACCCUUUCCUCACGACGUUGAAAUAUGCUUUCCAAACGCACGAUCGGCUUUGCUUUGUGAUGGAAUAUGCCAACGGAGGAGAGCUCUUCUUCCACUUGUCGCGAGAGCGGGUGUUCACGGAAGACCGGGCGCGCUUCUACGGCGCCGAGAUCGUGUCAGCGCUGAAGUACCUCCACUCACGUGACGUGGUGUACCGGGAUCUGAAGCUGGAGAACCUCAUGCUCGACAAGGACGGCCACGUAAAGAUCACAGACUUCGGCCUGUGCAAGGAGGGCAUCACUCCGGACGCCACCAUGAAGACCUUCUGUGGAACCCCCGAGUACCUAGCGCCCGAGGUGCUGGAGGACAACGACUACGGCCGGGCGGUGGACUGGUGGGGCCUGGGCGUGGUCAUGUACGAGAUGAUGUGUGGCCGGCUGCCCUUCUACAACCAGGACCACGAGCGCCUCUUCGAGCUCAUCCUGAUGGAGGAGAUCCGCUUCCCCAAGAACCUGGCCCCCGAGGCCAAGGCCCUGCUGGCAGGCCUGCUGAAGAAGGACCCCAAGCAGAGGUUAGGGGGUGGUCCUAAUGAUGCCAAAGAAGUUAUGGGCCAUGCCUUCUUCGCGUCCAUAAACUGGCAGGAUGUAAUCGACAAAAAACUCACCCCGCUGUUCAAGCCCCAGGUCACGUCCGAGACGGACACCCGAUACUUCGACGACGAGUUCACCGCACAGACCAUCACACUGACACCCCCCGACAAGUAUAACAGUCUGGACUGCGAAGACACCAGCAAUCAAGCGCAUUUCCCACAGUUCUCCUAUUCUGCCAGCAUAAGAGAGUGAUAGCAUCUCAACCCCCUACAUACAAACACACACACACACACACACACACACACACACGCACACGCACACUCCCACACACACACGGAAACACACACACACACACACACACACACGGAAACACACACACACGGAAACACAUGUAGGAGAAACGCAAGGUGACUGUCUGCUGACCUCGGUGUCCAAUCAAAAGAAAAAAAGGAUCUAUAACAAAAAAAAAGGAACAGAAAAGAAAGUGCCUGAAACCUGGCAGCCAUAUUGUUUUGAUAUACUGUAAAAAAAAAAAACACACAAAAAAAACAGACGUCAACAACUCAGUCGUCCACACUACAGACCAGCCUGCUAGCAUGUUGGCUGGACUGUAUCAAACUGGACCCUUCAGUACCUCACUAUGUCAUCUGCACAAGUAUACACACACACACACACACACACACACACACACACACACACACACACACACACACACACACACAUAUAUAUAAGAAAAUAGAUAUACAAUCAGGUCUACCAUAUAUCUAUGUUUGGGUGGCCUCUAUUAUAAACUGCUGCUGCUUUUUCUUUCGGUUUCUCCCACCCCCCUUUUCUUGACGGUAACACCAAGCCGUAUAUUUUCAGUAGCUUCUUUUAUAUCCCCCCUCUGUUCUUGCCUUCUUAAUGUCAUGGUCUUAUACGAAGCCAUGCAGAUAUCGCAAUGACUCUUCAAGUGCUCUUUCCUGGAAGCGCCGGCGUCCCCCGGCGGUGAAGGUGUGGGUUGUCCACGAGGGAGGGCGGGACCGAGGAGUGUAGCAUUUAGAGAAUGUGUUUCUUUUUCUCCCUUUAUGGUUGGCUAUGGGAGUGAGAUUCUACUUCUCCUUAUUUUUCUUUAUAUUCAGAGAACACUUUGGCAUGAAAUCCAUACUGAAUGUCAUCGCUUGAUUUGAGAGAAAAAAAAGAAGCACAUAAGGCAGCAACGUGUGUGUGUGUGUGUGUGUGUGUGUGUGUGUGUGUGUGUGUGUGUGUGUGUGUGUGUGUGUGUGUGUGUGUGUGUGUGUGUGUGUGUGUGUGUGUGUGUGUGUGUGUGUGUGUGUGUGUGUGUGUGUGUGUGUGUGUGCGCGCGCGAUUGUAUACAUUAAUGGAUAUCACGUGGUGCCCGGCCCAAGUCCGGUCCGAGAAACGACAAGAGGAAUUAAAGCUCUCACAUUGGGAAACAGACAGAAGAUGGUGGGCGAUUGUGAAGACGUAUCACAGUGCAGAAUCGUCAGGAAGGGGUGGGAAUGGGCGCGUCCUUUUUUUUUUUUUUUUUUUUACCUUAUGCAAUAUCAACUUUAAAACAUGUAUUAUCGUUUGAUCUCGUCUACGAAUGUGAUCUCUUUAAUCUAUCGACGGCCAACGCUACAUAGCAAAAGAGUGCUGGGGAAUUGGGGGAUAAUUGCUGAAUGCACAAGAUGUAUAUGUUUUUGUUUUGUUUAUUUCAGUUUAUUUGCAAUGCAAGGUGUCUAAUUCUACCUUCUUUUUUUUUCUUUCAUCAGUGAAAAAUACACAGCUGCCAUUUUUUAAAGGAGAGGGGGUCAGUAAGCACUUAGUUACUCAACGUAGACCUCAGUUUCUCUCGUACAGACCGUGACUUCCCCCCCCUGCUAUGCCAACGCCAAGUGUAGCGAAGCAUUUAUGAAUUGAAAUCGACCCAGAGCAUCUUAAGCCUUAACGGACAGCACUUUAAGAACCAGCUUUCUGAGUAUUAGGAGCAUAAUGUGACAUUUUCCAAGGCUGCAAAAAAAAAAAAAAGACAAAACAAAUGAAUUGGGUUAUAUAACGUGCCAGAUGGUGAUUUCAUAAU